AUGUCUCCUGUUUGGGCGCCCCGGUGGUUCACCGGGCAGAGCGACUACCCAUUAAGGCCCAGCCCUUACCGCAGCGAAAAACCAACACCAGAAUCAAACCAACGGGUGACGUCAUCGUGGAGAUCAACGGCACCUGCGUGCUGGGGAAGACCCACCCCGAGGUGGUGGCCAUGUUCCAGUCCAUCCCCGUCAACCAGUACGUGGACAUGGUGCUCUGCCACGGCUACCAGCUGCCCCCGGACGUGGACCUGGACGGCGACGACCCCCCGCCCCCUCCGCCGCCUCCCCCCGCCGCCCUGCUCCCGGGCUCCUCCUCCCUCCGCCCCCGCCGGCAGCGGCGGCGGCGCCGGCCAGCAGACCCCGCCCUCCUGCGAGCGGGUGGCGGCGGCGGGGGGCGAGGUGAUGACGGCCGUGCCCCUCAUCAACGGCCAGCCGCUGCUGGUGAAGGGGGAGGUGCUGCACAGCUCCACCCAGGAGCUCCACUACGUCACCACCGACGCCAGCGGCCGCCCCGUGGUGGCGGCGCUGCCCAACGGGCGCCAGGGCGGGGACUCGGGCGGCGUCGUGGGGACCCUGCUGCAGCCGGCUGUGAGUGUGCCGCUGGUGAAGGGGCCCGGCGGGUUCGGCUUCGCCAUCGCCGACUGCCCUGGGCAGAAGGUGAAGAUGAUCCUGGGGCAGUGGUGCCGCGGCCUGCUGAAGGGCGACGUCAUCAAGGAGGUCAACCGGCAGAACGUGCAGACGCUGAGCCACGCCCAGGUGGUGGACAUCCUGAAGGAGCUGCCGGUGGGCAGCGAGGUCAACGUGCUGGUCCUCCGGGGAGGUCAAACGUCUCCCGUGAAGAGCCUGAAGCCUAGAGCGGACAUGACGGCCAGCACGGAGACCCUGGACAGCCUGGUGGACGCCGCGGCACAGGCCCUGGCCUACCACGCCAGCACCAACACCCUGAGGGCCGACGAGUCCCCCAAGAGGGACGCCGCCGAGAUGUACCUCAAGUCCAGCCUGCUGGACAGCAAACAGCCCCACACGCAGGACAUAGACGUGUUCCUCAAGAGAGACAUCGAGACGGGCUUCGGCUUCAGGGUGCUGGGGGGAGAGGCUCCAGAACAGCCAAACGUGUUCCCCCAGGUGUACAUCGGAGCCAUCGUGGCCAACGGGGCGGCGGAGAAGGACGGCCGUCUGCGCGCCGGCGACGAGCUGAUCGGGAUCGACGGCGUGAUCGUCAAGGGCCGGUCGCACAAGCAGGUCCUGGACCUGAUGACCAACGCCGCGCGCAACGGCCAGGUCAUGCUGACCGUCCGGAGGAAGGUCAUCUACAGGGACCCCACCGAGGAGGAGGUCCUGAGCAUGGCCCCAGGGCUGCUCAACGGCUCCCCCCGGCUGCCCCGCAUCCCCCUGCCCAGCGCCCUGGACCACCAGUCCUUCGACAUCACCCUCCACCGCAAGGACACGGAGGGCUUCGGCUUCGUCAUCCUGACCUCCAAGAGCAAACCCCCCUACGGAGUGAUCCCCCACAAGAUCGGCCGCAUCAUCGAGGGCAGCCCGACGGACCGCUGCGGCCUGCUCAACGUCGGCGACCGCAUCUCGGCGGUCAACGGGCGCUCCAUCAUAGAGCUGUCGCACAACGACAUCGUCCAGAUCAUCAAGGACGCCGGCAGCGUGGUCACCCUCACAGUGGUGCCCGAGGACGAAUACCGGGGCCCUCCAUCUGGGGCCAGCUCAGCCAAGCAGAGCCCUGCCCUCCAGCAUAGAGUGCUGGGACCAAGUUACAAUCUGGACUCAGAGGAGAAGAGAGAUACGCUGAGCUGGUCGGACUACAACUCACUUCCUCGUGCUGACCAGGGAACUCUGUGUGUGACCGGUCCCAACCAGGGCUGUCUCACUGUGGAGCUGGAACGCGGCGCUCGUGGCUUUGGCUUCAGCCUCCGCGGGGGAACCGAGUACAUGAUGGGCCUGUACAUCCUCAGGCUGGCCGAGGACGGACCCGCUCUGCUGGACGGCAGGAUCCACGUGGGGGAUGAGAUCGUGGAGAUCAACGGGGAGCCGGCCCGGGGGAUCGCCCACACCAGGGCCAUCGAGCUGAUCCAGGCGGGGGGGAGCAAGGUGGUGCUCCUGCUCAGACCCGGGGCUGGCCUGGCCCAGGACAGCAGUCAACACGAUCGAAAAGUCACCUCACCCACGAGCCUUCCCAGGGAAGUGUUUGCGUCUGACACAUCGCCCCUUUCCUCCCCGUUAUCCUCUGCGACAUCCAUCUCCCCCUCCUCCCCUUUCCCCGCCGCACUGAGGGUGUCCCCCGGGCGCAAUACCUCCUCCCCCAAGCAGCAGUCCUCCAAGCAGCCCCCCCGCAGCGACAGGGGCUCGGGCCCACCCGCCGUGAGCAGGGAGCAGGCGGGCGGAAGGCCAGACCGGCUCUCUCCGAUGACGACCACCACCAACACCGCCGCCGCCCCCGCCCCAAACCAUGAGCAGUUCAGCUUCUCCAAGAGGAUCAGGCCCGCCAAGGACCUCACAACCGAACCAAGGCUCGGCAACGACCCCAAGAAAUUAGCGGAGACGAUGCUGUCCAAAGCCAAAGACAGUCCUCCUCGUGACGCCGUAAAGACGCAGGAGGUUGAACGGCGCAAGAGGGGUACGAUGUCUCGGAUUACGCCGACGUCACCUCUGCCGACGACCACCCUCGGCAGACAUCCUCCUUCUCCUCAAAGUGUACAGGAGGUGGGGACCAUGGCGCUUUUACAAGCGGAGAGACAACAGAACCACCUCAGGAGGCUGCAGGAACUGUCAGGCAAGGAGAGCUUGGAGCACGCCGUUAGAACCACCAGCAAGGCCAAUGGCGACGCUGAGGCCAAGAGGAGCCCAGCGGGACUUGAGGGGAGAAGGGAGGCACACAGGACCGCCCUGAAGCAAGGCGACGUGGUGAGCAGCAAGAGACCGGCGGGAGAAUCCAAACACCGAACACUUCCGAGCACUCGCACGCCGCCGGACAACGGGGCGGGGGCGGGACGCGACCCAGGGAAGAAAGAGACCACCGGGAGAGCAAAACCGAGAGACGACGGACGGACCCCGCACAAGGAAACCCGGGCGACCCGAUCAUCUCUUAAGGAUCUGAGGAGCAGGGAGGAGUCCUUUGGGUCACCCACAGCGGAGAGGGAAAGUGAAGGCCUGUUUCAUAAGAAGGAGAGAGGGAGUAACACCUCUCUUGUGUCCCCGAGCGGAGGUCUUCCAGGGGACCAUCCCAGCCCCAAAGGUGAGCUUCACCCUGGUCCUUGGAAGGUUCCCAGCUCUGCCAGAAUUCUCUCCCACGCUGAAGUCAUGCGUGACCCUUACUAACGGAACAUAGAGUCACGGCACGGACCUGUGGAAUGCUAAAACACCCUCCAGUCCAUCGCAAUCCCAUUACUUCUCACUUUGUCUUGAGGAGGUGGGGAGCCACCCUUGUCCUCUCUCAUGGUCGGGGGAGACGCCCGGUCACUCUUUGUCGGCUGAAGACCUGCUAUGUUUUUUUCUCGCUCCAACAAACUUCACAAACACAUGCCUCAGCACCUGAUGGUGGCAGGCUUUCUGCAUGAGUAGCAUGCUGGAGUGCCCCCGCGGAGCUGAGGGAAAUGAAAAUGUGAAUAUGUGCCAAUUCUGGGUCGAUCCGCUCCUGUCAUGACUUCUUCUUUGAAUACACCAUGCCUCACCCAUUGCAAUGCAAAUCUUCCAUAUGCAAGAAAGAGGGAAAGGGCUCUCUCUCUCUUCCCUCUCUUAUGAUAUCAAUAAGUCUGGCUGUUGCCAAGGGUCUUAUGUUGCCCUUGGUUGUUUUUCGGACUCGCUGUGGAUUUGUUCAGUGUGUGUGUGAGUGUGUGUGUUAUUUUUCUCUUAAAGGGGUAGUGCCACUGCAUGCAGUUGGUUUUAGUUUUACGUUGAUAUCUUUACCGCUUGCCUUUGACACAACAUUGGUUACCCCUCAUUGAGAUGUUAUGAAAAAAUAUAUAAGAUUCACUUGCCUGAGGGACUCCAAACUAUGCCCCACGGUUGUGGAAUCUUUUCCAUAUGUGUUGUUGCGAGAGACCAGAUACUCGUGGUUCAUGGUUUUUGUUUUAACCACUUGUAAGAUACCUAAGCUGUGUGUAAAUUAUUGAGAUUUAGAAAAAAAGAUAAAUAUUAAUAUAUACGUUUAGCAUCGCCAAUCCAUACCCCAUGUUAACCGAGAGGAGACAACGGUUCACCUGAAUUUAUCCUGCGCUUUCAACAUUCUUCCAGUGUGUUUUGGUGGUAGAAAUGAGAAGACUGCAGGUCUUCAUCAAUAAAGAUAUUUAGGGGCACCUGCUAUCCUUACCAAAUGUUGCGAUCACUCACAGUAUGUGUCUCAUCGUGGAGUAUUAUACAGUUUAUAUCUAUAUAGAUAUAUUUGAAUUUUUAUCAUGUACAGAUUCUAGAUUAUAUUGAUAUCCAUUGCACUGCAUCUACCCUCGUAGCAUUACAGAAUGACACAGUCCAACUUCAUUGGUGAUGGUGAAUUUUGCUGCAAAUGCUUUGAAAAAUAUAUGUUUUUUUAGACUCUUUUUUCCGUGGUUGUGUUAAAAUAAAAAAAGAAUCACUGUUCAAGGCCAAAGUAGUAGCCAGUAGAGUUCACAGUGGGCCCUGAAUCGAUCUCUUUGGCAUCUUAAUCUUUUGCCUGUUGAGAAAAUACUUUUUGGGGAGUGUAAAUGUGUCUGUAUGAUAAAGUAACAGAGUAUGUUGAGGGCUAAAUACACAUAAAUAAGUUGUUUGUAUGAGCGUUGGAUAAACUCAUGCUAGGUGGCUGGUGUGUGCAGAGACUUUACCUUCCAUACUAAACCUUCAUUAUUUAACUCAUUAUAGCACUCACUUGUGGCCGUAAGUGGUACUGCACGUCGAUAUUUGCUUACAUUGCUCUAAAACGGGAGAAAUUACAACGGCAGUGUAAAAUGUGAGUUGUGACAAGUUUGGUUAGACAACCUGGCCUACAAGGGGAAGAGUAAAAAAAUAGUGGAAAUGUUUCCAGGUGGAGUCAAAUGCUUUUUUUGCAUUUGAGGUUUGAUUUCCUGAUGAACGCCAAAGAUUUCUGCUCACUGGUCAUCCCUAAGAAAACAAUGUAACUUUUAGUCAAGAUUAUUUGAAGCAUGAGUGGAUGAAUUUGUACGUGUUUGCAUACUUUUAUUUAUUUAAUUUGGGGGAGAUGUGAAAUGUGCUACUACUACUUUUACAAGUUUCCAUUUCAGGUCUGUUUGAGCUAAUGGAUGAACUUAAAAAAAUACAUCUAAAGCACUGAUAGGGGCGAGCUACUCAAUAUAAAACGCAUCGAAAUUUUCAUUACACAGCCUUAUCUUGUCCCGUUGGUGUUGUUCGGUCAAUAAUAUAGAGAUAUAAUUAAAAUAAUCAAAUAUUCACAUUUCUUCAAAUUGAAUCCUGGUGAAUUGGGUCAUCCGCUUGGGACAACCCACCCACACAGGGCAGAGAGGACAGAUGGUACCGCGACAUACAAUAUAAAGGCUAAAUAGACUCUGGAUGUUCUUGGCUCAGGGAACGCAACACGUAGCAAAUGAUUUGAUAAGAUCAUGUGAUUACAUCCGUUAAUGAAUAGGCGCAGAUGGCCAGGAAGGCGACCACAACAACAACAGCAGCAGUAGUAGUAGUAGUAGUAGUAGAAAGAAUAUUGGGUCUUGGACUUGCACAGUGAGAGAGUUUUGACUCAUAACAUUUGUUGAAAUCAGUUUACAAGACUCGCAGUAUAAGCUGAUCAGCUGUAGCGUUUGUGCAAUAGUUUGGUUGGGUUUUAACCUCGUACCGCCAACCUCUGAGUGACGGGUCAGGAACAGGGAGUACGCUGGUAGCGGUCAAUAAUCCUCCAGAAAUGUUCCCUUUUCUUACACUGUUUCAUCUCUCUUUGGUCUCACCCCUGAUUUAAACCCUGCUGUAGCUCAUAUUAUUAUCAUUCUGUGGCCUUGCAUCUCUUCAUUAGAAUACGGUUCCUCUCUGGUCUCCUGUGUUCUGUGGGUACAGUAGAUGUAAAUGUUUGUAUAUUGUACAGCACCUUUAUAAAUACAUGCAGAGUGCUCUUUUUGGGGAAACAAAAAAACAGAGAUAGAGAUGUAAUUAAUCGCUCCAUUAUUUUUUUAUGUAAAAAAUAAAUAAAAGAAAGAACAUAUUUAAAAAUGGUUCCGAAAAGAAUAGUCUAUGACCUUGACAUGGUGUUCUGUUCAUGCACUGACGAAUAAAGUUUUACUGAAAAAAGG